AUGGAUAAAAAAAGGAAUAUCGUUAAAAAGCCAGAUCGAGGUAGUUUCCUUUUGGAUCACAAUAACGAAUGCACAUCAAUAAAAAACAAUUAUUUAAAAUGUUUAAAGGAGCACAAAAAUGAUCACGUUAGUUGCAGAGAAUAUUCUAAAGAAUAUUUCAUUUGCAGAAUGGACAAAAAUUUACUCGAAAGGCAGAGUUUAAAAGAUUUAGGAUUUUCUGAAAAUGAAAUAAAUUGUGAGAGUCGCAUAAAGCAAUACAAAGAUGUGUAUAGUUAUAACAUGUACAAUGAAGAAAUGGAAAAUUUAUCAAGGAAGGAGGAAAAGUUUAAAAUAAAUGAUGCAUCAAGUAGCAAUGUACCUAUUCAGGAAAAAUUUACCCCAAGGGAAAUGGAAGAUAAAGGAUACAUGAGGCAACCUUGUACAGAAGGUCUCUUGCUUUUAAAUUCUCAUGGCAAAAAGGAAGAAACGGAAAAUUUAAAUGAAAAAAUGUUUGAAAUUGCACAAGAAAAAAAAAUUGCAGUAAAACGGAAGGAAGAAGAAGGUUAUUUGGCUGGAAAGGAAUAUAUAAAAACUUUAGCGGAAAGAAAAAAAAGGCGCUCCCUUUUUUCAUAUAAUAUAUUUAAGAAUGGUGAAACAUAA